CGGUGGUGGACGGUUGUGCCCGGGGUUGUGCGGGUUGUUAUGUACAGCUUGGAAAUCAAAUAAGAUAUCAGUAGCUUUACACGGUUCGCGCUUGCCGCGGUCCGAUGAUAGCGCAGCCAGCAGCGGCUUUUACCGAGCAGAACACGGUAUCACAGCGAAACGCACGCGGAUUGAGUGUGUCAAAAUAAAUACACCCUAUUUAGGUGCAGCAACGGUCCAAACACUCACACACAAUGGAAGAAUAGAGGGCAGUGAACACGCGAGCUGAGCAUGUAUCGCCGUUUCACCGUCGUCACGCUUCGCACCCAAGCAAACGGGCAGCAUCCCUGCAUCUCGCACGCUCACUCGCGCGCUAUCUCUCUCUCUCGCUCUCACUCUCGCUCAUUGGCGUCGCCGUCGUGGUCGUCGAAUCACAUCUCACACCGUCCGUGCGAGCCCGUUUCGGGGUGUGUUAGUUUCAUUCUCAUUCGCACACUGUACGGAAGGUUGAUUGCGCGUCGCUGUUCAGUGUUUUGCGGCGUGUGUGCGUGGCUUUCGUUGCGAAAGAAAGUUCUUGCUGGAAGGCAACUGGAUCCGCGUUCGCACGUGCUGAAUUGUUUUUCUUACUGGUGUGUAGCAGCAAACCGAUCGCGAAAAUUUGUUGCCCGAGCGGACAGAGUUGCUCGAUUUAGUUGCCAGAGUUAAGCAGCAGAGUAGGCUUUGAAGGUUUAGUGGAGCAGAACACUAGGAACAUCGGUUGGAGUUGGAAACGGUCGUGAGGCUUAAGUAAAGAUUUGCUACCGUAAACAGGUUACCUCGCGUUACAAUUGUUUGUGUGUGUAUGUAUAGUGUUGCCGGCGGUGUUACAAUCUGUAUUGUAUUGAAGCUUUAUAAUGCUGCAAAACGUGUCCGAUAUGAAUGUCACCUGAUGGAAGUGUGUUACGCCUAUAAACGCAACUAACCGUGUUUGUAAACAAAAUGAAACAGUGAUGUGUUUAUGCAACUCGUGUAAAGUGUUGGUGACAGUGGUGGCAGUUUGUUAGUGAAUUGCAACAAGCACAAAAGGUUCGGGUUUGUUAAUAUCGCCACACGAAAUGGUGUGUGUACGAUUUAGUCUAACAAAGCCCAGUAUGAGUUGGUGUGAUGAAACUGGUGUUUGUGUUCCGGUGUGUACUGCCGUGAUUGAUCCGGUGAUUUAAGUGUGCAAAAAGCAAAGAGUGAAGCAGCAAGUGAUGUGUCGACUGUAAGCUACUCAUAUCCGAAACCGAACCCCACUAACAAGCAGCUGGAAACGAUUCGCCGAACCUUGGGAGAUCCUGGGCAGGAGUUACGGCAGCUUCUCCUGCAGCACCGGGUCACAAACGCACGCCUAUAACAGCACCAGCACGACGGCCGCGGGAUAACGCGCCAAAAUUGCGCCAAACACAAACAAUCUGGCGGUGGUCAGACAACCAUCCAUGGCCGUCGGGCCACCGACGGGAGGGUCUGGCAAUCCUCCGCACCCGGCACCGCCGGUACAACCGCACCCGAUACUCGCGCCCAGCCCACUGUUUGCCUUACCGACGCUGAACUUUACCGCGUCGCAAGUCGCGACCGUUUGCGAAACGCUGGAAGAAUCCGGUGACAUCGAGCGGCUGGCCCGGUUCCUAUGGAGCCUGCCGGUCGCCCAUCCGAACGUGACCGAGCUCGACCGGUCGGAGGCGGUGUUGCGGGCGCGGGCCAUCGUCGCCUAUCACACCGGACACUUUCGUGAACUCUACUCAAUACUGGAACGGCACAAGUUCACGAAAACGUCCCAUGGCAAACUGCAGGCAAUGUGGCUGGAGGCGCACUAUCACGAGGCGGAAAAGCUGCGUGGACGACCGUUGGGACCGGUCGAUAAGUAUCGCGUCCGGAAAAAAUUUCCGCUUCCGCGUACGAUCUGGGACGGUGAGCAGAAGACGCACUGCUUCAAGGAGCGAACGCGCAGCCUGCUGCGCGAAUGGUACCUCCAGGAUCCGUACCCGAACCCGACGAAGAAGCGCGAGCUGGCCCAGGCCACCGGACUCACCCCGACGCAGGUGGGAAAUUGGUUUAAAAACCGACGCCAGCGGGACCGUGCGGCAGCAGCGAAAAAUAGACACAACCAACCACCACUGUCCGGAUCGGGAUCAUCCUCGUUGACGCCCAGACGGGGCGAUGGACCACUGUCACCGACGGACACGGACUCCGACUCGGACAUCUCGCUCGGCACACACUCACCAGUUCCUAGUAUGUCGAUGCAGCACAGCCCCAGCUCGCUGCCGGGUUCGAGCGAGGACCGGCUGCACGAUGAGCGGGACCGGGAGAAGGACUUCCGGAACAGUUUCGCCUCGCUGCAUUCCUUCCGCUUUGGCGACCAUCUUGCUGGUGGUUUGUUACCUGGUUCGUUCAACAGUAGAUUCAUGCCUUAUCGUCUGGGCGAUCACUCGCCACCGAUCAACACCCACUCACCCCCGAUCGGUUUGACACACCUGCCUCUCACUCCGACCGUGCUCCGGCCCCAGCCCCACCUGCCUCACUCGCUCGCCGUCAGUGCGGCGUCCAUGGGUGCGACCGGUGUGUCCGCGGGAGUGCUCACCACGGUCGUCAAUAUGAGCGAUUCGCCCGGCAGCAAUAGUAGUGCCACGACCGCAUCCCUCUCGAAUGUCCCUGCCCCUGCCACCGCUACCACCCCUACCCUGUCCGGCGGCACGGGCAGUAGCUCGCUCAAGGAUCUGCAGCAUCCAAGCGAUCUGUCGACGAGCGACCACCGUCCAGGGACUCCCAGCUCGGUGGGUAGCAACAACAAUAACAACAAUAGUGCCAGCGGUGGUACACCGACCACUAUCGCCGCGAACGGAACCAGCAACGCACCAGCCUCCUUAAUGCAGCCAAUGUCUCCGCUGAGAAUACGGGUCAGCUCACCGUCCCGGUUGAACGCGGAACUGCUGCACCAUGCGGCGGCGGCAGCGGCGGCCGCUGCAGCAGCCUCCAACCAACCUCCGCCCCAGCAUCACUCGUUGCCCCUGCUGCAUCCGCACCACCCGCUGCACGUGCACCAUCCACACGCGCACCUUUCCCACCACGCGCAUCACCAGACGCAUGCCCAUCAUCAUGCGGCAGCGUUGACGGCGGCCAGCAUGAUGAACGGACUGAACGCGAGCGGCAUCGUGCGGAUCGUGCCGGGCACCACCAACACCUCCACCACCACCACCACGACCUCGCUGAUCCAUCGGCCCUUCUCACCGUCCCCGAAGCCGAAGGAAGCGUCGUGAUAAACGGUUCCCGGUGGGCGACGCCAACAGCCAGCACCGAAUGCUGUGUCGUGUGUGUGUGUGUGUGAGAGACGUGGCUGACAGGCGAUGAAAGGGUAAAAAGUGUCACCUUGAUGUAGCUAAUGGAGGGGCACGCAGGCACUAGCAACAGCAUCGUUGACAGUCACCGUCUAGCAACUAGAGAAUGUGUAUAACUAUAGAGUGUAACGCAACGGCAAACGAGCAAGGUUUCCGCAAACGGACACUUCCGAAAAAUCGAGGGAGCGAGAGAGGGAGGGGGGACGUUAGACGAAAAUGACAUAGCAGGCCAAAAAUUGUGCAGUACGGGCGCAGAGCGUUGUGAGCUUCUAGGUUUCCGCUUACAGCAGCAAGCUACGAAUCGCAAUACCAUGACACACCAGAUAUACGACUCCAACGGCAGGAACGGCGAGCGUUUGGUCGUUGGAGUCGGGAAUGUUAGAGUCUCCGUUCAGUGGCUUCCUAAAUCAAUCACACUUGCUGACAAUGUCCUGGUAGCGUGUUACCCGUUUUCUACUAAAACUCCUAGUACUCCACCUAGUACUCAAGUACUUUAUUUACAGUGAAAAAGUGAAAUAAACGAUCGAAUUAUGCUGUAUCACCUCAACGCGUUGUAUUAAACAAGGAAUCAGCUCGCGAGUACGGUUUGAAGCGAUACUAUAUUGCAAGCCAUGUUUUCCGUUCCGUUGAAACGAUACUGACACUUUUCAGACCCACUCCUCGCGUAUCCUUAUCCCGAAAAAGUUGGGAAUAGUACAUAGCAUUUCAGUAUACAAACCACCCCCCCCCCCCCCCCAGGUAAAACAUAUUUUCAACAACAGCUCAUGCGCACUUGCGCCAUCGAAUCCAGCGAUUCCGUCCGGGUUUCUUUCCUUGCUGCUCGUAUGGCACAGUUUCGCAGUGGUUGGGCAUACGGACGGUGCGCCAAAGCAUCGGUGAGGAAAUGAGCGAAAAUUUCAUUUCGACUUCAAUUCUGCGUGAAACAUCCGCACACCAUUGUCGGUUUGGCGGCUACAAUGAGGCGAUGUGUUUUUGCGAAUGCCUCGUAAUAUAGAUUUAUAUGAAUUUUAUUGGUGCUAUCGGCUAUUCGUGGAAAUGGGUCGUUGAUGCUUCAACUGGAAAAAUUCUUGGAACUUGGGAUAACUCGUAGCUUGAGCUAAAAGUCAUUAAGUUUAUAAAUUCUGCAGAACGUCAAAUUGAGCAAGGGAUCUCAAUCGGCUACUAAAUCAGCAAAAUAAACGAUCAAGGAAGCCUCAGGACGAUGGAGAACUCGGAUGUGGUGUUGUUUGGGAAACUAAAAGCAGUAUAAACGUAGCACUAUACUAUCAACAAUCAUAGCUUCGCUGCUUGGUAAAAUAGUGUGAAGCGGGAGGCCCUAAUCUACAAGACGGCAAACCAUAAUUAAGGAACCACUCACGCUGGCAGGCUUUUUGAGGGACACUGUAGAAUACUUAGAGGAAAUUGAACAAAUAUAAAUAAUGGGAGAGCAAACAAAAAAACCCCCAAACUAAGACAUAAAUAAAUUAAACUAAAAUAUUGUGUAAUAUAUCAUUAUUAUUAGUACGUGCAGGCAGCAUGAAUUAUAGCGCACACAGACUAGUGGGAAGAAAAAACAAACUUAGUGGAACGCAACGUACAUCGAUUGAUUGCUAUGUAGAGGGAAAACCCGCUCGAAUGGAAACAAUAAAACUGCAACAAUGGCAGAAACGCAAAUGGAGGGUUGUUUUCUUUAUAUUACCUUCUUUUUGCUAGGUGCGACUGUCUAGUUCACCUUUAAAUUUGGAUUUGAGCAAUACAGAAAUGGUUCUGUUAAGUUCACUCAUAGCAAGUGAAAUAUCAAAAUACAAAGAACUCACGUUGGAAAAUUAUGGCAAUAUUUUGGAGCAAAAUCAGCAAGCAGGCUAACACGUUACGCCAAUGCGUUACGAAAAACAAAGCUAGCAAAAAAUGAAACCAAAACCAAUAUGUUUGUGCGAUCAAUAAGGCUGCUUUGUAAGCACUAGAACUACAGUUAAACAACAAUUUAAGACGUAAUGAAAUUGCACAACAUAAACGAUGCAGGAGAAACCAAUGGUGACAGUUAGAGAUUGUGAACAUAAAGUUACACAAAACCAGCAAGCUGUAAUAAUAGUGGCCGAACAAAAUGGGCCGGCAGAAUAAAGUGGGAGGUAAACAAAAAAAAAAACAAACUCUAAAAUAAACAAGCUAACAAAAACCCUGUGUACAUAUACAUUGCUGCAAUCAAAUUAUAUUAAUUAUGACAAAAAUAAAUUUAAUAAUUAAAUUGAAACAA